AUGCAUGGGCGGUCCAAGAACCAAGGAAUUACAUAUUCAACGGGAAGCUCUACACCGCCUCGCGGACUGGAGGCGAAGAAGGCGGCGGAAACCUUCAACGGACGAGACAGACGACGAACAGACAGACAAGAACGCAGCCGCCCACCCAUGGCAUACCGCGUCCCCCACGACCGCGACCGGCGGGUGUACAUCAUCCUGCACCAAGACGGCGUGACGGUGACGGUGCUGGGCGUCUACGAGGAGCUGCAGGACGCCAACCGCGACUGUCUGUGGCAGGCGGCGCAGGCGGGCAUCGACCUGCUGCAGGCGUCGCCGACGACGGGGCCCGACAAGUAUCACAUCCAGCCGGUCGAGCCCGCGCGGUGGGACACGCCCGACGGGGUGUCGUGCUGGGUCGAGAGCCAUAUGGUGGUGCCGAGCAGGGUGGCGGGUUCGAACCUGGCGACUCGCUGA